ACAUCCGUGCAGCGUUUCUCAAUGUGUCCGUUUGUUUGAAGCCAAUCUCUUCAUUGUGGGGAUCGUAGUGGCGGGCUGAGGCGAGCACAACACACCCCGCAUCGGUCCCGCUUGCUGCUGAAAGGGAGAAAAUGGAGCUGGAAGACGGAGUUGUGUACCAGGACGACCCGGGGACAUCAGCGAUGAUGUCGGAGCGGGUGUCGGGCCUGGCCAACUCCAUCUACCGCGAGUUCGAGCGGCUCAUCGGCAAAUACGACGAGGACGUGGUGAAGGAGCUGAUGCCGCUGGUGGUGGCCGUGCUGGAGAACCUGGACUCGGUGUUCGCCGAGAACCAGGAGCACGAAGUGGAGCUGGAGCUGCUGAAGGAGGACAACGAGCAGCUCAUCACCCAGUACGAGCGGGAGAAGGCGCUGAGGAAGCACGCCGAGGAGAAGUUCAUCGAGUUCGAAGACACCCACGAGCAGGAGAAGAAGGACCUGCAGAACCACGUGGACCGAAUGGAGUCGCACUCUCGGCAGCUGGAGCUCAAGAUCAAGAACUACGCGGACCAAAUCGGCAGGUUAGAAGAACGAGAGCUGGAGCUGAAGAAGGAGUACAACUCCCUCCAUCAGCGGCACACGGAGAUGAUCCACAAUUACAUGGAGCACGUGGAGAGGAUCAAGAUGCAGCAGAUCAGUGAGACCUCGGAGUCGAGCUCGGUGGGCAGAGUCAGGAGAGAGCGCCCUCUGUCUUUGGGGAUCUUCCCGUCGUCCGGCGGGGCGUCGCUGCUCAUCCCGGAUCCCCAGACCAGAGCAGAGACUCCGGGAACAGAAGGCUGGAGGUUCGCCGACUCCUCACAGCCUCGGUCCAACACCAGCCUCAAGUUGGACUUUGUCGACCCCCCAAAGGAAAGGGAGGGUAAGAGUGCGCAGGACUCUACUUGGGGGAAUUCACUGGCAGACGACUGCAAGGAUGAGCUGUCGGACUUCACCGGCUCCAAGUCGGCCACGCCCAUGUCCACCACGGCCUCGGACAUGGAGAGGGACGACGGGAACAGUAAGAGCACCGAGGUGCAGGCUGCACCGGGGACCAGGUCCAUAUCAGUAGGUUUGCCUGAAAACGAGGACAGCUCAGACGUGCAAGACAUCAUCGAGUCCACGCCCGAGCUGGACAUGGAUCUCAUCGGUUACAAACCCUGCAGCACUCCCACCAAAGGCAUCGAGAACAUGGCGUUCGACCGCAACACAGACUCCCUGUUCGAGGAGCUGUCGUCUGCGGGCACCGGGCUCAUAGGGGACGUGGACGAGGGGGCGGAUCUGCUGGGUAUGGGCCGGGAAGUAGAAAAUCUAAUUCAGGAGAACUCGCAGCUGCUUGAGACAAAGAACGCCUUGAAUGUGGUGAACAAAGACUUGAUCCUGAAGGUGGACGAGUUGACCUGUGAGAAGGAGAUGCUGCAGGGGGAGCUGGAGGCCGUGCUGCAGGCCAGAACCAAGCUGGAGGACAAGAACAGGGAUCUGGAGGAGGAACUCAAGAAGGAGCCGAAGCGAGACAAAUACGAGCACACGAUCUGUCGAGUGUUUUGGCAGAUCUUCAGCAGACUGUUUAGCUCCUCCUCCAGCUCCCCCGCCAUCAAGAAGGUGGAUUCCCAGUCCAACGUCAAGUACAACAACCCGGGCGGCAUGGUGAAGAGGAGCAGCACCUUCUCCCAGUUCCCCACGGAGAAGUCCAAGACGUUCGACUUCCUCAACGAAGAUAAGGAGCAGUGCAGCUCGCCCUCACGGAAGGAGCAGAAGAGGGCUCAGUACCGACAGAUGAAGGCCCACAUGCAGAAGGAGGACGGACGAGUCACUGCACACGGAUGGAGCCUGCCCAGCAAAUACAAGGUGUCGAACGGAGGACAGGUGGAAAACAAGAUGAACUUACCAGUACCGGUUUACUUGAGACCUCUGGAUCAGAAAGAUGCUUCUAUGAAGCUGUGGUGUGCUGCGGGGGUCAACCUGUCGGGAGGGCGGACGCUGCCGUCGUCGGAGCUCGUUAAGCAGACGAAGGGUUCUCAGAGUAGCCUGGACCAACUGGAGCAGGAGAGUAAGGAUCAGGAGAAAGGGGAGAAGGAGCUGAUUGUUCAGGACGAGGUGACCAGUCGGGUGUGGGUGUGCACCAGCACCCACUCCUCCACCAAAGUCAUGGUGCUGGACGCCAGCCAGCCCUCCGACCUGCUCGACAGCUUCUACGCCUGCAACACCCACGUCGUCUGCAUCGCCAGCGUGCCAGGUGCGCUGGAUUCUGACUAUCCGGCAGGGGAGGAGGUACCAAAAGACCUGGAGGCCAGUCAAGGUGACGGCGUGUCGCUGGCGGGUAGCGUGGCCAGCGUGGGCUCCACGGGCAGCGACGGCACCAUGGCAGCGGAGGGAACCACCGCCGUGCCCCAGACGGCGAGUUCAGGCGGCGCCGACCAGCCGACCGAGCACAGCGCCGUCUCAGGCUCCGUCGAACUGUCCAGAGAGACGAGUCCAACGGAGGACGGGGUUCCCACGGCGGAGGAGGCGACAGAAGCGACGGAGGCGAACGCUGGCGUGGGCGAAGAGGGCGAGGAGGAUCAGGGAGCGGAUCAGAACCAGCCGGGGAUCUACACGGAGCACGUUUUCACCGACCCGCUGGGAGUCGGACCCACCGACUCGUCUCCCGCUGAAACGCAGAGGGGCUCUGGGCAGGACGGCGAGCCUUCGCUGCCAGAAGACUCGGAUCCGUCAGACGGGGAAGUCCUGAGGAUGAGCAGCGCGCUUCCCACCAUGUGGCUGGGAGCUCAGAACGGAUGCCUGUACGUCCACUCGUCGGUGGCUCGAUGGAGGAAGUGCCUCCACGCCAUCAAGCUCAAAGACUCCAUCCUCAGCAUAGUGCACGUUAAAGGGAGAGUUCUGGUCGCUUUGGCUGACGGCUCGUUAGCGAUCUUCCACAGAGGCAUCGACAGUCAGUGGGAUCUAACCAACUACCACCUGUUGGAUCUGGGCCGACCUCACCACUCCAUCCGCUGCAUGACGGUGGUCCACGACAAGGUCUGGUGCGGCUACAGGAACAAGAUCUAUGUCAUCCAGCCCAAAGCCAUGCGGAUAGAGAAGUCGUUCGACGCACAUCCUCGCAAGGAGAGUCAGGUCCGGCAGCUGGCCUGGGUCGGAGACGGUAUCUGGGUGUCCAUCCGGCUGGACUCGACUCUGCGCUUGUUUCACGCCCACACCUACCAGCACCUCCAGGACGUGGACAUCGAGCCCUACGUCAGCAAGAUGCUCGGUACGGGUAAACUGGGCUUCUCAUUCGUCAGAAUCACGGCCCUCGUGGUGUCCUGCAGCCGACUGUGGGUGGGAACAGGAAACGGCGUCAUCAUCUCCAUCCCGCUGUCUGAAGCUAACAAGACGGCAGGAAUCGUGCCAAACCGGCCCGGCGGCGCCGUGCGGGUCUACGGUGACGACGGGUCAGACUGCGCCAUGCCGGGCAGCUUCGUGCCGUACUGCUCCAUGGCUCACGCCCAGCUGUGUUUCCACGGACACCGAGAUGCUGUCAAGUUUUUCGUGACGGUUCCAGGUCAGGCCAUGCCACCUCCAGGCAGCGCAGAUUCAGGCUCCGACGAUCCUCCGUCUGAAUCCUCCGACACGACGACCUCCGAGCCCAAAACGUACCUGGUCAUGAGUGGAGGCGAAGGCUACAUCGACUUCAGAAUGGGCGAUGACGGCGGCGAGCUGGACGGUUUAUCGGAGCCGACGGCCAGCCAGCAGUCGGCGCCCACCAAGGCCGAGCGGAGCCACCUCAUCGUCUGGCAGGUCACGACUUCUCACGACUGAAAAACCGUCACAGACUGUUGUGUUGAAGAAGCCAGGGGCGUCCGAACCCCCGCAUGCCCUCCUCCUCCUCCUCCUCCUCCCAGUUUUUAAAUUCAUAUUACUGAUCGUUCUUAAUGCCUGAGUAGUCGACUCCUUUGUAAAGAAAACAAAACGACACAAAAAACAAUUAUUUUUAGUCCAUGUUUUGUACAUUUUAUUCUUUGAAAUAGAUUUAUGUUAACUUAAAGAAUUCGUCCAGGCGUUCCCCUUCUGCACGGUCAGGUUCCAUCAGGUAAAUGUUUGUCCCCCGGAAAGGGGUUUUGGAUGUGAAAGAUUAAAGGGAAUUUAAUUUUUUGAAGCAGCUUUUUGCAGACGUUAAAAAAAAAACAAAAAGAAGAAGCAGUUUUGAGUUGCACUAAAGCGUAUUUUAUAUAAGACUCAUUAGGACUGCAUUUGUAACCCACUCACUGACCUCCGCUGAAGAUCUCUGUGACAGGUGGAGGCGAAAACGUGGUCUCUUUACUCCACUCUGUUGCAUAAUUAAAUGUGCUUCUAGUCAGCAGACGUUGUAGGAAACAGUUUGAGAGGCUGAAUGAAAGCAGGCUGUGAGAAUAACGUAGAAGAAGCAGCUCGCUGUGCUGUAGCCCGUCUGAGGGAGUCCCGUGUGCUCGAAGCUCGUCCCUGCCUGCGGCGCCAACUCAGUGCUUCCUGUUUGCUUCGGCUCGUUGGCACUUUAACGUGUUUAGAUGUGAGUCGAGUUUGGGACGAACGAAGGGAAUGACUGAAAGGAAGGUGGCAACCAAAGGAUGAAAGAAGAAGAAUCGCUGUGAAACUGUUUGUGAGGUGAAUGAUUCGGAGGUGUAUAUUUUGAAGGGAAAUUAAUUAAAAAUAAUGGCGCGGCACCUUGAAGCGGCGCUACAGAGAGUCUCUCCCGAUCGCUUCAUCGUUCCUCGUUUUACCGUUCCGUCCGGAGGCCUGGGAAGCGAUGUGUUUUUGUUUUUUUUGUCGUUAUUUUGGACGUCGUGCGUGUUUUGUAUUCAUUCGUGUCAUCGAGUAACGAGUAAUUUGAUGAUAACACGGUAGCAGGACGCCAGUAUCAAGCAGAUGUUUUAGUUUGUUUUUAUAUCCGAGCUCGGUCUUCUGUCCAUUUCAGAACACUAACUUGUGUUUUUUGCCAUUCCAGUAUUUAUUUCCUUCGUCAUGGAGCCUGUCCGGGUUCAGAAUGUAACUUUCUACAUGAGCAAAAUAUCACAGGAGGCUAUUGUGAACAAAAUAGUCCGAUGAGUUUACAUGAUUGUUAAUAAUGGUUCCAAAAACAAUAAAUAGAUUCAUGUAAUCACGUUGGCAAGUUUUUUUUUUGACGAGAUCAAAGCGUGCGAACUUGGGAGGGAAACAAAAAGAAGAAGAAACACGUUCAUGUACUAAAGCUAUGCAUGUUUUUUUUUUUUUUUAAAAAGAGAACACCGCUCUGUCGUCGGCUUCGGUUUAUUGCCACCGUUUUGGGUGGGGUGGAUGUAUGCGUGCCUGUUUGUGUGUAGAGUACACGUGUACAUGUAGGAGCCUGAACACAUUGUGCGUGUGUUUGAUUUUCCAAGUGUGUGGUGUAUGUGUGCAUACUGUGUGUCCAUCUGUAAAAGCCCAGAGGCCGCUCACGUUUACCUCCUCUGGACGCCAUGACGGUGGUUCCUCCUGGUCGAUGUUUGCUAAAAAAGAAAACCACACAAAAAAAAACAACAGUAUCAUAGCCUUAUUUUUAACAAUCUAUUAAACUCAGUUUCAUGGAGAA